AUGGGAUUUGCCGAAUAUGUUGCGGCAUGCCGCGCAAAAUUUAGCGGGGAAGAGGACGACGUGCUUCAUGCAGCGUGUGAUUUUGUUUUUGCAAUGCAGAGCUAUGCGAUGGCUGCGCACGGCAUCCGUGCAUUGCCGCUACGUCGCGCAGCGCAGGAUGUGCAGGACGCGAUUAGGCGCGGUGCAGUCAAGUCUGCACGAGCACAAGAAGCGAUUACCCAGGGUAUGCAGUCGCUGCAUGAUAUGGUAGAGCACACGGAAGGCGUAUGCAUGACCCUCGCCAAAGCCUACAGUGACACGCAAAAAACGGCGACCAUGCAGCGUAGCACGGCAGAAACGCUGAAGGAUGAGCGCAAGCAGCUUGAUAUGCAAGUUGCCAAGUUUGAAAAAGAGAAGCGCGCCUACAAAUCCAAGUAUCGCGAGUGUGUUGCGCUGCAAAAUGCUACAGAAGAGCGAGCGGCUGCGUUGGAGGAGACAAGAGUGCGGCUCGAGCGUGAGCAUGCACAUCAUCUUGCACGGGCCCAUGAGGGUCUGGCCAGCGCAAAAAGUGCGAGCGUGGAUGCCAUACGACGCGCAACGCUGCGUGAGCAGGAAGCAGAGGCAAGUAUUUCGUCAGCACGCGAUUCUGUGCGGGCGGCCGAGGAACGUGCAGCAGAAGCGCUCCAAGCGCUUCAGGAAACGCGCGCAAAAGACCAGCGGCUUGCUGACCAAAUGCGCAGUAUGCAGAGCGCUCUCGAGCGUGCGAAAGACAAGCAGCGCGCGAUGCGUGCGCAGCUGGACAAACAAGCACACAAGCAAAAACAGGACAGCAGCCCCGCACGAUCCUCUCAAGCGGCCCCUUGCUCGCCGCGCAGCGUCACGAGGGAAGCAUGUGCAGUUCCACGCUCGCCGCUUGCGCCGAAACGCCGAAACGAGGUGCUGGACGAUUUAGAUGAUACCCACUUCCCGAUGCCCGGUGGUAAUUGUACACGGCCAUGGAGCGUACCUAAGCCGAAACAAGCGACACUGGAUACGUGGGCGCCGAAAAAGCACCCUGUGGUGCUUGGACCACGCCGGCGUGCACGUCCAAUUACGUAG